ACCAAACCUCCAUAACUGUUUUUUCUCUCCUUUGCACUCAUUCCGUUCUUCCUGAAGAACAAAAAUGGCGCUUCUUGGAUCCAACAUAGCUAGUGAGGUAGGGCUACGGCUGCUGCUUUGUCCGCUUGGUUCUAACAUUGUUAUCCGAACGGCGUGUUGUUCUGUGGGGAUUGCUGUACCGGUGUACUGUACGUGCAAGGCAAUCGAGAGGAAAGAUGAUCCUGCACAACAGAAGUGGCUUCUGUAUUGGGCAGCUUAUGGAUCUUUCAGUCUUGUGGAAAUAUUUUCGGAUAGGCUUAUAUCUUGGUGUCCAUACUACUAUCACAUGAAGUUUGCCUUUCUUGUUUGGCUCCAACUUCCAUCUGCUGAUGGGGCAAAGCAGUUGUACAUGAACCACCUACGCCCAUUCUUUUUGAAGAAUCAAACCAAAGUUGAUCGGAUUUUAGGCCUUACAUAUGGUGAAUUGGUCAAACUUAUCAGUGCACACCAAGGAGAAAUCCAGUAUGCUAGGGCCAUGCUCUUGAAAGUAUUUGGCUCAGAUCAGUUACCGAGGGACAGGGCUAAUAGAGAUCUGCCACAGAACAACGCAAUUGAAGGACAGCCUAGAACACCUACAGAGUCUGGCUCUGGUCUCGAUGAUUAAUUUUUCUUAAAAGUGCAAAUGUGCAUAGUUAUGAACUGAUUCCCUUCCUCUUCAAAUGGUAAAAGAGAAGAGAAGAGACAAGAGACCUGCCUCACCUGUGAUAAGAUAGCAGUAGAUGAUAUGUCUCAGUUUUGUUAGUAUGUUGCUGUGGCACAACUUGGUCUUUAAGUUGCGUUUUAGUAUCGAAUUGCUAAGCCAUGUUCUCCCUCCGUUGAGAAAAAUUUAUGUAUCAAAGUUACUAUGAUGAGCAGGCACAUUUAAGCCUUUCUUGCUUGCCAUACGGUUAAUGUUAUCCCGUUCUCUCC